AUGGCUUCCGCUCUCGUCGGCGCCCAGGUCAACGGCACCCCGAAUGGCAGUGCCAAACACAGCUCUACGACGAAUGGAUCCAAGCAAGCUCCCCCCCACUAUGCCACCCCCAAGAGCAAGCGCUUCUCCGACAUACCCUCGACCAUCGACAUCCCAGUGCAGGACCAAGAUGACGAAGCCGUCGAAAUUGACCUCGAGGUCCUUGCCGACGACCCUACCGAGCUCUGCACUCUCUUUGAGAUGGAGCACGCCGCCCGCACCUACUGGAUGACAGUCGCCCUCGCCUACGCCAAGCAGCGCAAGAUCGACUUCGCGAUCGAAAUGCUCAUCCGCGGCGCCAACGCUAUGCAGAUUAACAACCCGCGUGAGAAGCUGAGCAUCGUCACUUGUCUGUGCUGGAUGUACCUGUGGAAGAGCAGGGAGGCCCCGAGAGUCGCCCCCGAGGGCUCCCUCGUUUCCGAGGCCAAGACCAAGGAAUACUAUCUCCAGCUGGCCACGCAGAGCUUGAACGAGGCCUCGCGCAUCAACCCCGCAUUCCCUCCGCUCUUUCUGGCCCGUGGUGUUCUCUAUCUUCUCAAAGCCUCGCUACAAGCCCCAUCCAAGGCCGCCGGCGCCGGCGCCGGCGAUGUCAGGGGGGAACAACUGCGCGCCGCCAUCAAGUCAUUUGAAGACGCGCUGAAGAGAUCGAACGGCAAGAACAUGCUAGCCGUCAUGGGCAGGGCGCGUGCGCUUUUCUCGCUCGGCAAGCCCGACCUCGCAUUGGCCGGUUAUCAAGAGGCUCUGGCCAAGAUGCCAGACCUUGUCGACCCAGAUCCUCGAAUCGGCAUUGGUUGUUGCUUCUGGCAGUUGGGAUACAAAGACGACGCCAAGCUUGCCUGGGAGCGCAGUCUCGAGAUCAGCCCCAAUUCCAAAGUCGCAAACAUCCUCCUCGGAGUAUACUACCUCGACUCCAGUGGCCGCGUCCCGACAAAGAGCGGCGACUUUACCCAGCUUUACACAAAGGCCAUGACGGAAUACACGCAAACCGCCUACAAGCUCGACAAGGACUUGCCACUUACCUGUGCCACAUUUGCCGGCUACUUCCUCUCGAAAAAGAAGUUCAACACCGUCGACUCGUUGGCGCACAAAGCCAUUCAAUACACCGAUGUCAACGCUAUUGCAAGCGACGGCUGGUUUCUCCUUGCCCGCAAAGCGCACCACGACGGCGACUUGGACCGCGCAAGCGACUACUACCGCCGUGCCGACGAUGCCAGAGGCGGUGCCAAUCAUGGCUACCUGCCUGCCAAGUUCGGUGCAGCCCAGCUCUCCGUUUUGAAGAACGACCUGGGCGAGGCCAAGCUUCAACUCGAGAAGAUAUUGCAGAACCAGAAGAAUUAUGAGGCGAUGACCCUUCUAGGUAUCCUGUACGCUGAAGAAGUCUUCGCUAAUCAGUAUACUGCCGUCAAAGAAGACAAAACUGCAGAAGCGAAGAAGGCUAUUGGUCUUCUGGAGAGUGUGCGCGCUGCUUGGAAGGACCCGAAUAAGAACCUGUCCCCGGACUCUGCCUUGCUGCUGAACCUGGCUCGUCUCUACGAGAACGAAAGCCCGGACAGGGCACUCGCAUCCCUUCAGCAAGUCGAGAAGUUGGAGCUCGGCCGGAUGCUACUCAAUCAGCCUUCAAGUUCAACGGACCCUGACGAUGAAGCGGCUCGUAGAAACGCCCGUCAAUCUCUACCACCUCAGCUCCUCAAUAACAUGGGCUGUUUCUACUAUCAAGACGAGAAACACGAGCUGGCCAGCGAAAUGUUUGAGGCGGCUCUCGAGUCAUGCGUCCGCAUCGAUAGCACCAAUGAGAAUGUCGACACUGACGCCUUGAUCACAACAAUUAGCUUCAACCUCGGUCGGAGUUAUGAGGCGCGCGGCAACACUGACAAGGCGGUCGAGGCCUACGAGGGCUUGUUGCAGCGCCACAGCGAUUACACAGAUGCGCGGGCACGGCUGGCCUACAUCAAGCUUCGGAAGCAGCCCAACAAGGAGGGACCCGAUGCUGUGGCCAAGCUGUAUCAAGAAAGCCCGUCUGAUCUGGAAGUUCGCGCCCUUUACGGCUGGUUUCUGGGCAAGAUCGAUGCCCGGAAACGGCCAGCAAAUCCUGCUGAGGACCCAGAGCAGCGCCACUUCAAGCACACCUUGCAGAAUUAUGACAAGCACGACCGAUAUGCUCUUGUUGGCAUGGGCAAUAAGCUUCUGACGACUGCCCGGGAGAUGCGCCGGGAGACGGACCAGGACAAGCAGAAGCGCAGCGCCACGUAUACCCGUGCCGUGGAGUUCUUUGACAAAGCUCUCCAGCUUGACCCUAAGAAUGCGUAUGCCGCGCAGGGUAUCGCUAUUGCUCUGGCUGAAGACAAGAAGGACCUCAGGAAUGCCCUUCAAGUCUUUGUAAAAGUCCGCGAAACUCUCAGAGAGUCCAGUAUCUUCGUCAACCUCGGCCAUACAUAUGCAGAGCUUAAGCAGUUCACCAAGGCCAUCGAGAGUUAUGAGAUGGCUCUCUCCAAAGAGGGCAAGGCCACCGACGUUAACAUCAUCUCGUGCCUUGCGAGGACUUGGUUGAACAAGGGGCGAGCUGAUCACAGUCUCGAUGCCUAUGGAACGGCGUUAGACUAUGCGAAGAAGGCCCUUGCUAUUUCUCCCGAGCAACUCCAUUUCAAGUUCAAUGUGGCCUUUGCCCAGAUCCAGCUGGCCAUGACCAUCCAUGGGCUGAACGAAACCCAGCGCACAUCAGCUCAGCUGGAGGAUGCUUCCGAAGGUCUGGAAGCAGCGAUCAAAGCCUUGGACGAGAUCGCAGCCGCAAACCAGCCCCCGUAUCCCAAACACGACAUCGAGCAGCGCGCCAAUAUGGCCCGCAACACGCAACGCAAGCAGCUCGAGCGUACAUUAGCUAGUCAGCGUGAGUAUGAGGAAAAGAACAAAGAGAAGCUCACCGCUGCACUGAAUCUGCGCCAGGCUGAGCUUCGCCGUCGUGAAGAGGGGAAGCGCAAAGUCGAAGAGUUGGAGCGCGAACGCCAGGAGAAGAUUAAAAAGGAGCGCGAGGAGAUUGCCGCCAGGGAUCGCGCGCUCGCCGAGCAACGCGCCGAGGAGGAGCGCGCCCGCGCUGAUGCCGAGAUGACCACCGAUAGCGAGACAGGCGACAAGAUAAAGCGGAAGCGCAAGACGGCCCCGCGUAGCAGCGCCGGCGAGCCCAAGGCAUCCAAGAGCGGCCGCUCGUCGCGCCGCAAAAAGGCUGCUGCAGAUACCGAUGGUGGUGAAGGCUCUGGUGACGACGACCGCGAACACCGCCGCCCGCCUAAGAAGAAGCAGCGCCUCACGAGCCGCAAGGACUCGAACAAAUACAAGUCUGCCGAGAUUGUUGUUGACAGCUCUGACGAGGAGGGUGGCGACGCACUGGAUCGCGCCGAGCGCGCGCUAGAGCGCCAGCAAUCCACGCCUGGCUCGGCAUCUGGCUCGAACGACGACGGCGGCAGUCGCCGCCGUACCCGCCGCCGCCAAAGCGCGUCCUCCGAUCGAAUGGACGUCGAUCAGGGUGAUUACGCAACAGGCGGCGGCAGAAACGAAGAGAACGACGAUGAUGACGACGAUGCAGCCGAAACCCUUGCAACACGCCGCUCACAGCCUAAGCGUCCUCGACGAGGCAGAAUCGUCGAUGAUGAUGAGAGCGAUGAGGAAGACACUGCUGGAAACGCCAAAGGUGACGAAAACGAGGAUGCGCCGACCCCGGGAACCGAGGGCGGUAGUGAGGAUCGCGCCGCACCAGCGGCCGCUGCUGCUGCUGACACUAGCAUGGCAGAUGAAGACGACGAGUAG